GCUAGCGCUACAACGCGAUGUGCAGUGGUCUCAGUCGCGUCUGACUUUGCACUUUAAUUCCUUUUACUUCGAGUUGAUUUAUUGUGAAAAAAGUACUGUGCAAAUUUCAAUUUGCAUUUGGAAAGUGUAUCGUGAAUUGUGCUGUGUUUAAAUUGUACAAAAAUGCCACAAUUUUCAAUUAAGGUAAAAUGGGGUAAGGAACUUUUUCCAAAUGUGGAAGUCAACACGGAUGAAGAACCAAUGCUAUUCAAGGCACAGCUCUUCGCGCUCACUGGAGUACAACCUGAGCGACAAAAAGUUAUGCUGAAGGGUAUGACUCUGAAGGAUGAUGAUUGGGGUAAUAUAAAGCUGAAGGAUGGUGUUACUGUAUUAAUGAUGGGUUCAAAGGAGGAAGAUGUACCUACGGAGCCAACAGAGAGGCCAUUGUUUCUAGAAGACAUGAAUGAGUCUGAAAUAGCUACUGCAUUUGAUUUGCCAGCUGGUUUGAUGAAUCUUGGAAACACCUGUUAUCUUAAUGCUACUGUUCAAUGCUUAAAAACAGUCCCAGAAUUGCGCGAUGCACUCAAAAGUUUUUCAGGCGGCCUGGCCGCUGCUGGUAGCACUUCUUUAGUUCCUGCACAGAGCAUCACAGCUGCUCUAAGGGACUUGUAUGAAGGAAUGGAUAAAGGAUCUUCCUUGCCACCUGUAGUUCUGGUUCAAAUGAUGCAUUUAGCAUUCCCACGAUUUGCUGAGAAGUCUGAACAUGGAGGAUUUCAACAACAAGAUGCUAAUGAGUGCUGGACUGAGCUGAUUCGUAUGCUUCAGCAAAAAUUACCAGCAAAGGAGAACGUAGCAGCAGGGGAAGGUAGUAGCUCACAAGCAUGUAAACCAAGUUCUCUUAUUGAACAAUACUUUGGAGGUACAUUCGAUACUGAACUGAAGUGUGUUGAAUCUGAAGAGGAGCCACCGACUCAUGGAAAAGAAGACUUUUUACAACUAAGUUGUUUCAUUUCAACAGAAGUAAAAUAUAUGCACUCUGGGCUACGAAAUAAAAUGCAAGAACAGUUAACUAAAAAAUCCCCCACUCUCGGUCGAGAUGCAGUUUAUACAAAAACAUCGAAAAUUAGCAGAUUGCCAGCGUAUUUGACUGUCCAGUUCGUUCGAUUCUAUUAUAAGGAGAAAGAAUCUAUUAAUGCUAAGAUUCUAAAGGACGUCAAAUUUCCUUUAGAAUUCGACGCCUUCGAAUUAUGCACUAGCGAGCUUCAAAACAAGCUUGCACCCAUGCGCGAGAAAUUCAAAGAACUGGAAGACAGCCAGGUAGAAGAGUCUCGAAGUGUCAAAGAGAAGAAGGACAAAGGUGACGGUAACAAGAACAAGAACGUAAAACAGGAGCCCUUCUGGUUCCCAGAUGAUCUGGGCUCAAAUAACAGCGGAUACUAUACGCUGCAAGCUGUUUUAACGCACAGAGGUCGUUCCAGCAGCAGCGGUCACUAUGUCGCCUGGGUACGUCAGAAAGAUGACAUGUGGUUAAAGUGUGACGACGACGCCGUCAGCGCCGUCACCAGCGAGGAUGUCCUAAAGUUAAGCGGUGGUGGCGAUUGGCAUUGUGCAUACGUGCUACUUUAUGGUCCUCGAAUUCUCGAAGUACCCAUAACCGAGACUAAUUAAUUUCUACUCGAAUCUGAUAAUCAACUGCUGCACGGCUAUAUGAUAAAAGCAGAGAGAAAGAGAAAGAGAGAGAAAAAAAAAAAGAAUAAAAAGACCAAAAAGGAAGGAAGAGAAUUCAGCCGAGACUGUAUUCAACAAUUUUCAAUUCAAUAUCCUGAUGAUGAACGCGUUUAAGGCAUUUAUGUGACGCGCAAUGUAUUGUCUAUGUAUUUGCACUGUUGCAUUUGGCACUAGCUUGUCGAGUGCAUCGAAAAAGUGUCGUGACGCCUUGUAAAACCAGCUACGACUAUACAUAAUAAUUGUUAAAUAUGUGAAACGAAUGUGAGUGGCGGGCUCGUGGUAGGAUUUAGUUUCUCUUUUUUUUCGCGCCAGUGCCAGUGAUAUUAACGCACGUAGUAAAGUUGAUACCAAGAUGGAGAUUGUUGUUUUUAAAGAUAAUUAAAACCAAUAAAGCGUCUGGGCCGCGAAUCGAGUUCAUGAAUUUUUACAAGAAGAUGAAGAAAGGAAAAGAGGAGAUUCCCGCGUGGCACAGAUGACAUUUUUAAUCAGGACGUUCAGUGUCGACGACUUAUAAACAACUCAUAACUGUGAAACUUACUAUGUGUUCUUUUUGUAAUAUUAAAGCAACAGUUAUUAUUUAAAAUUU